AUGAUUAUAAAAAGAAUUCGUCAAGGUGGCAACCCUGAGCAUUGGCUGAUCCUGGCGACUGCCACCCCAUCUCGAGUCGCGCGUGACAUCGCGGGGGCCGAGGCGAGCGGUGGGCGGGCGGCGAGCGCGCACAAAAAACCGCUCGCCCGCUCCGCUCGUAAAGCGCCGGCGAGCGUAAUAAGCUCCCCUUUGCUUGCGUUGCUCUCCGUUACGUCACCAAAUUAA